UUGAUGAAUAGGGUCGCUGUCAAAAGCGUCAGACGGAGAGGAGAGCUGACAGACAGACAGCUGUGACAGAGAGCGGAGGAGCACGAGCUGCGUCAUGCGUCGUCCUCGCGCGUACAUCUAGUUAUUUAUCCGCGGAGUUGGACGUGGAGAGUUUGCUCAACUAUUACCGUCCCGGGCUUCAUGUUCCGUGGCUAAUCCUGUUUUGUUCUUUUCUGGAGCGAUAUGGAUCCUGGAGCAUGUCGAGCUUAAGUGUGGGGCCACAGCUUUGAGCGUGCGCAGGCUGAAUAUUUCCCCAGGUUCAAAAAGUUCUCUCGUCAGGAGGAAAAGCUUCGUCUAAGGAGCCUCAGAGGGCCACAGCAUCAUGGUGAACAGCCAAGUGCCAGGUGUACCGUCAGACCCCAGGUCUUGUGCAGGAUGUGGGGGGAAGAUUGCCGACCGCUUUCUGCUCUUCUCCAUGGAGCGCUACUGGCAUACGCGCUGCCUCAAGUGCUCUUGUUGCCAAGCCCAGCUGGGGGACAUUGGUACCACCUGCUACAGCAAAGGGGGCAUGAUUCUUUGUCGGAGCGACUACAUCAGACUGUUUGGGCACAGCGGGGCGUGCAGUGCCUGCAGCCAGUCAAUUCCAGCCAACGAAAUGGUGAUGAGGGCACAGGGAAAUGUUUACCACCUCAAGUGUUUCAGCUGUGCCACUUGCAGGAACAGACUAAUGCCUGGCGAUCGCUUCCAUUACAUCAACGGUACAAUUUUCUGUGAGCACGACAGACCGGGCGCUGCCUUGCUCAACAGCCACCUGCCAGCACUCCAGAGCAGCUCUGUGCUGACGAACCAGAAGGUAUGCUGAGUGGCAAACGUGCCACGCGCUGCCCUUGCCUUCCUCUCCAAAGCUUCACUCCUUUCUUCUCUUGUGCUACUGUUGCUGUUGUUGUGGAUUCCCAUCACCACCCACCUGCUUCUCAUCCCCUCCCAGAGUGGACACCGUUUCUCAGUUUCUCACUCAAGAUAUCCCACAACUCGUCAUAUCAGAGAGACCCUCUACUACAUGCAAAGUCCCGUCUAUGUUGUGGUCAAUGUUAAAGUGGUCUGUGCAUCAUGCAGAGACUCAGGAGUUGCACUAGCAAAAGGCUCUUAAAGGACAAACGGCUGGAUGCCAAGUGGAGGAGAGCAAAAGCUGCUUGAGUGGACAUUUGAUGGACUGCUGUAAAAUGACUGAAGUUUUGCUUGAUGCCUUGCGGCAUUUUUCCCCUGAGCAUCACUGUUUUUAUUUUUAAUUUUAUUUUUUUUAUCACUAAACUCCUGAUCUCACUCUUACGUACAUGUUCACCUGGAGAUCUGACACUGAGGAGAUCAAAUUGAUGGAUGACAAAAAUGUGAAAAUAUUCAGUCAUUGGAAAUCCUUUAACCCGCAGCAGAAAGCUUUUAAAGCCCGUCGCUGCUCCGUCACGUAUCGAUUUCUCCUGCGCCCUGCACAUCGACAAAAACAAUCCCGUGAAACUUUAUUUUUCUGCUGUAUAGUUUUGUUUCUUUACCAGAUGCGUGUUUGGUGUUUGUUGGGAUGGUGGUGGUUUGUGGCAUUGAAAGAAAAAUUCUAUUAAAACGAUUCUUGUAACCUGUCACAAAGUGAUCUGAGGUUAAGCCCGUUAGUGGCAUUAGAGCGGCAACAUGUUGCGUGGCACCUAGCGUGGUGGAUGUUACUGGCUCUCUCACUCUCUUUCGCCCUGUAUGGUGAAAACAUGCCUGAUUACCCCGAGGAAUGGAAUUGGGGGGCUUGAGCUCUGACCAUUUACAGAAGCAAUUAAACAUGAUCCCUGUAUCUGUGCUGCUGGAGCUCCUGGGAGGCUGAACUCGGGGCAUAUCCCAAGGUUGACUGACUCGGUGGCUGCUCGCUUCUUAUAAAGCUUAAUCUGAAAGCAGGCUAAUUAAAGGGGAUGUAGCUCCCUCUACAUCCAGGGUGUUUGAAAAAAUCUUAUGUAUUUACUGUUUACCAUGUUCCAAUUAAAGCUCCCACACAGCCUG